UGAUUGCGACGUAGCGCGCACGCGUACAACUGCAGACUAUUAUUUGUUCGCUCCUGUGAUACACGUUUGCACCAAUAAAGUUUCAUAAAUAAAAACAUUAUUAAUAAUACUGUGAUGUAGACGAGUGUGCAGUGAUGUGUGCUUUGUUGAGUGAUAUCGAUUGAGACUGCAAAACAAGAUGCAGGCGACCCCGUCUCCUCCACGAUGGUGGUGGGAAGGGCAGCAGUGGAGGCAGUGGGCGGACGGCCGAAUAGGCAAGCACGAGCUCGCGCAGAUGAGGCUGCAGAGGAUACAGAGGCUGAGGGAGCUCCAGGCGAUCCUGGAGAGACAGAAGCUGUCCAUACCUGACAUACUUAUAUACUCACCGUCUAAAUUCAACAACUUGCACCAAGUGGUACACACGAACAUCAGGCCAACCAUAUCGUGGAGCCAGCGACCUGUCCCUUGGGAUAUGACAGACUUUGACACGGCCAAACACUUAGACGCCAUCAACGAGGGUCAACGCAAGCUGGACGUGGACCAGGGCAUGUGGGGAGCAGCGCGAGGGUGGGCGGUCGGUGCGCUGCUGUUGCUGGCAGCGCUGUUGAUACUGCGGGCGACUGACAGGUGUCUCACACGGGGGUUCUUCCGAGGUCGAAGAAGACGAUCUGAAGAGUGGACAACGCCUAGUGUACAAGCUACCAGACAGCAUCCAAGUGACAUCGCACUAGCGAUAUCAACAGAUACCAACAUUGCUGAAUCCAGUACUGAAUCAGUGGACCUUCCUCCACCAUAUUCCGCUGUCUCCCACAAAAGAGAGGAGCCCCCGCCUCCUUACUCCGCCUGCUACCUGGCCCAUCCCAAAGACGGUCAGACAGUCAGACUGUACAACGGGCAGCAGCAAGUCAUCACUGACGAAAGCCAGAGAGAAGAAGUAGCUCAUUCCCAUAACAGCUUCAACCAUGCACCAGGCGAGCAGGAGCAGACAGGAGAUGUGGAACGAGCGCGACUAGCUCCCAUCGCGUCGCGAGAAAUUUCCAUCGAAUCGGAAGAUACAACGGUAUCAACAGACGCAAGGAAUACAACAACUUGUUAGGUUCAAAGUUGCCAAAGUUGGUUGUUGUCUCAUGAGUCUUCCAAAGAGCUGUAGCAAUGAAGACUUUAAGGGAAGAGGAAUCCCUACGGGGUUUUAUACGAAGACAAGAACUCAUUCCUUUUAACAUUUAACUCCUGAAACGAAUAUAAAAUAGAGAAUUCGUAAAUAGUAAAACACUCGCGAAGCUGUGUCAAAAGAAAAUACAGGAAAAAAUUCUUAUGGUGCACAGUAAAAAACUUAUGAUCGAAAUAGCUAGUCAACUAACAAUAAAUAUUAAUCAAAGUAUAGCAAUUUCAAGACUGCUGAUUGCUGAAUAUUGCAAAUCUAGAGCAAUAAUGCUUCUGUAGAAAAUUGCUAUCUAUUAUACGGCAAAUGCACGAAGCAUAUACCUGGAUAAUUUAUAUAGGUACCUGGCAAUUAUUAUUAGCCUUUAUAGAAGAAGCUUUCUCAUUUCGUGAUAUAGUAGGUACGAAAAACGGAAAGUAAUAUUUCUUACUGCGUGAAAAACACAACAUAAAAGUUAUAACUGCCUUUUAAAACUAUCAUAAUAUUAACAAUAAAGUUUUUACCAACGAUUUCCAAAGAGGAGAAAGGUACUACGUACGACUCAUGAAUAUUUUAGUAUUCGCUAAAAGUAGGCCCUAGGCACCUACUAAUAAAUGCUUUAAACAAGUAUUUGGAGGUUGUAACUAAUUUAUCUUCUUAUGUAUCAUAAUAAUAUUGUAGGUUGUAGUUUUAGCAAUAGAUACCAUACCCAAUAUCUCUAGUCUAAAAGCAAUACUGUCCCCAUUUACAAUAUCUCAAACCACGGCCAUAUUUUCUAAAAUACUUAGAAAUAAAAUAUUCAAAAAUUCUCAGUUAUUCAAUAUUGUAAUAUUUAGAUAAUAAUAAUUAUUUAUUAGUUAUCUGAGGGCACGGGAGCGCUCGCGCCAAGUCUACAAACUGAAAGCUGUAUUGCUAUAUUAGUAGCUGCACCUUUCAUAAAAAAAUAUAACAAAAAUAAUCUCCAACUCCAAAGAACUCUCAAUAAAAUACUAUGCAAUAUUAUUAGGUAGGUAUUUAUAAAACCUAAUGUAAGUGGUUUAGCUCAGUAAGUUUAUUUGUAACACUUUUGUAGAAAUCCUCAACGCAUUACGUAGAUGGCACGAUAUUUUUUAAAUAAAAUUUUAAAAAUUU